AUGGCCAGCGCGGAAUACCAGCCGCUCAAGAGCGAUGAACCCGCCUUCGACCACCUGCAGCACUCCCCUGCACCCCGCAGCGUGUCGCGCUCUCGUCGCAUCGCGAUCUCCCAGUGCGCCGCGAGCGGCCCACCCCCCGCCUCGCCCCCUGCGCCCGUCAACCUCUGGGCCUCCCUCACCGUCCCGGAGACGACCGCAAUUGCCGAUUGGCUCGACGCCCCUCCACGCGCACUCAACCUCACCCCCGGCACGUCUGCGCACAUCUCCGACAACUACAUCUACCACAUCGGCGCAUGGCGCCCCGCCAAGGCCGACGCGCUCGCGUACCUCACGGACCCGAAGGGCACCGCGCCUCCCGACCGCUACGCGCGGGUGACGAUCCACCACGGCGCAGCGGAGGCCCCGAAGGUGCAGGACUACCUGGUGGGCCCGCUGCCGGUGAGCAGCGAGACGGGCAUGCGCCCCCUGACGGAGGUCUACCACCGGCCAGAGGUGCCGUACAACGCGCGCGGGUACACGACCCUCGCGGAGAUCCAGCCGAUCCUGAUCGACGUGAUGCCCAAGAUGGCGGAGGCGACUCAGGAACUGUUCGGUGGAGUCGCGCUUGGCCUCGCGAACGACACCCUUGUCGGAGGCGCAACGGGCCCGCUGAGCUUCGACGGCUCGUUCCGGCGGGGCUGGAUCAACUGGCGGCGAAACGUCCCUGGGCUAUACCUCCACCCCGUCGGCUUCUUCCUCUACGUCGAUAUGACGGGGACGGAUCCCAAGGAAUGGGAGCUCCUCAAGAUCGUAUACAACCACCAAGUGUUCGAGUCCGUGGACGACUUCAUGGACGCGUUCCGGAACGGGACGCUCAAGCGCCUCCCCGCGCGCCCGGACAGCCACGAUGUCGAUUGGACGACGCGCAAGCGACCCGACAGCCCCCGCCGCGACCUCGACCACCUCCCCGGGCCGCGGUCGGUGUCGUUCGCGGGGUUGCGCUUCCGGGUGGACAGCAAGACGCAGUACGUGAGCUGGAUGGGCUGGGGGAUGUACCUCGGCUUCGACCGCGACAUGGGCCUCAGCCUGUGGGACAUCAAGUUCCGCGGCGAGCGCGUCAUCUACGAGCUCGCGCCCCAGGAGGCUAUCGCCCAGUAUGCGGGCAACGACCCGAUGCAGAGCACAACGGCUUGGCUGGACAGGUUCUUUGGUAUGGGCGGCUCCGUACGUGACAUGCUCCCUGGGUAUGACUGCCCGCAUGAGGCAGUGUUCCUCCCCGCGACGACUACCAGCUUCGCGGGCUCCAUCACGCGCGAGAGGGCUAUCUGCAUCUUCGAGCACGACUCAGCGCGCCCGAUCACACGCCAUAUGGGCUACUCGGAGGCGGAGUUCGGCGCUGUGCGUGGGUACAACCUCGUCGUGCGCUCCAUCUCGACCGUGGGCAACUACGACUACUUAUUCGACUACAUCUUCCACCUCGACGGGACGAUCGAGGUGCGCUUGUCUGCCUCGGGCUACCUGCAAGGUGGCUUCUGGGAGCCUAGUCAAGAGGGUUACGGUACCGCCAUCCGGGACACGACCAUGGGCUCGCUGCAUGACCACGUGAUCAACUACAAGGUCGACCUGGACGUCGCGGGCGAGAGGAAUUCGCUCCUGUUCACGCACACGCACCAAGAGGAGAUCGAGCAGCCGUGGUUCGAGGACGACUGGGGGAGCACGGUGCUGCAGCAAAAGAUCACGCGGACGUUCGUCGAGAACGAGGACGACGCGCUGUUGAAGUUCCCGUACAACUUCCAGGGCGGGUACUCGCUCGUCAACCGCGACGAAAAGAACAAGUGGGGUAUCCCGCGCGGGUAUGCGAUCCAUCCGGGAUAUAACCCCGUCUACAACACGGUCGUGGGCUCGAAGCGCCUGCUGGAGAACGCGAACUGGGCGCGGUACAACCUCGCGGUGAGCAAGCGGAAGGAGACGGAGCCGACGAGCAGCAGCAUGUGGAACCAGAACCUGCCCGGCGACCCGAUGGUCAACUUCCACAAGUUCUUCGAUGGCGAGAACAUCACGCAGGAGGACCUCGUCGCGUGGGUGAACGUCGGCACGCACCAUCUCCCGCAGGCGGAGGACUCGCCGAACACGCGGACGAAUCUUGCCGCGUCCAGCUUCUUCAUCACGCCGCUGAACUACUUCGACUUUGACGUGUCGAUGGAGAGCUCGAACGCGAUCCUGCUCGCGCCGCCGAAGACCCCAGGCGACGCGUGGGGCUACGACGACUUCGGCGUGAAGGACGCGAACUGCGUGCCGGGCCCGGUGCCGCCAUUUGAGUACAGGGGCGUGCAGGCGUUCUCGCUCGACGGGAAGCUCGCGCCGCCGGAGAGCGCGGACGAGAUGCGGAAGGGCGCGGAGAUGUAUCAUCGCAUCAAGCUGGAGCUGUAGAGCGGGCACAGUACGAGCUGAUGAAACAAAUGAGGUUGUACUUUCUAUAUGUUCUGAUUACUGUCACGCGUUGGGUCUUCCUGGAGCGGCGGGAUGAGCAUGCUCGCGCGAGUGUAUAUAGUACACUUUCGAACCCAG